AUGUUGUUUUCUGAUAUUAUUUCUAUUCUAUCUUAAGCAUAAACUAUAUAUAAUAUAAGUUAAUAACAUUUUAGUAGAAGCCUCAUCUAUGUUAUAUAAAGGAGUAUUAGUAUAGAGAGUUUAGACUAGUUUAUUGGUAUGUUUAGUAUAUCCACAUUAGAUACCAUUUAAUAUUUUGUGAAAGUUAAAAGAAUCAAAUUGAUUUAUUAUCUUGGAAUUAGUUAGCAUAAUUAGGAAAAGGAAAUAUUUCUUUAAGUUUAAGAUAUGAUAUAACAUAAUUUAAUUAUAUUUAAAAUGUUAUAAGCAAUAUAUUAUUUAUUAGAUAAUAACAGAGUUAUGAUGGGAGAGUUUAAGAAAUAUAAUUAUGUUAAAGGUGUUUUGUACUUUCAUCAUGAUUUACUUAAUAACUUUCUAUGUCUAAAAUCCUGUUAAACAUUACAAUAUAAUCCCAAAGUUUUAAAUCAUUUUAUUAACUCUAAUAGUAAAAAAAAAUCAAAUAUUGAUCGAAAAUUUGUGCAUCGAAUUUCUUAGUUUGUUCUUCACAAAAGAAAUAUGUGGUAAGUUUAAAAUAAUUAUAUUUUAGAUCAUACCAAAUUGA